AUGGCAGCCAGAGCUUUCCACUGGCACAGCUACAUCAGGGUGAUCAUGUCCUAUGACAGGCAGUGGCUGGAACAUUUCCAGCAGGCCGAGGACAUCCUGCUGACCCUGCUGGAAGAUGUCCAUGCCAGGGAGCCCUGCUUCCUUGUGGACUAUGCCGGGAACCUGGAAGACUUCGAGUUCUCUCUCUGUGCCUUUGAGGAUGCUGUCACUGUGGAAGUCCCCCUGUAGACUGACAGCAAUGCCCUGCGGGUGCUGGCGUACUGGCCUGGGGACACCCCAGCCAGGCACUGUCUGGGACUGGACACCUGCGAUAUCUGGAAGUGCUCUGGGACCGACUUGGAGGACUGGACCAGCGCUGUGGGUGUGAUGGAGCAGGAAGGCGAUGCGGGGUGCCUGGUUCCGGGCAAAGUCCUCCAGCACCUGAAAGAGCUCCUUGUUUUGGCCAUCGUGCGCUGCCAAUGCUGCUUCCUGCUUCAGUCAGAUGUGGAGGCCAGUGAUCUCAGCACUGAAGAUGCCAUGGAGCUCUCCCUGCUGAUCCAUGACAGCUGGAAGACCAUCCACUUUGGCACUGCCCCCGUGGUGAGGAGACAGGAGCUGCUCCAGCUCAAGGGGCAGCAAAGCAACAGGGGCUUCCCUGAAGGCAGCCUCUGGAAGGCCAUGGAAGAGGCUCACUAUAUCCCUGCCUCUCCCCAUGGCCAGUGGUCAUUGCAGGUACCCUCUCUCCAGCUGAGAGGAUACAGGUCUCCAUCCUCCCCACUUUCUCUCGCCGGAUCCUCCACUGCACACACUGACAGCAGGCAGUCAGAUCCCAGUACCCGAGCCCUCCUGCAGCUACCCACUGAGGACAGGUCCUGCUGGAACACAGCCUACUCUGACAUCCUGCUCAGCCAGUUCCAGAUGUACAAGAUCCAGGAUGGCACAUGCCACUUGGCAAUGUGUCAGCUCCUUUUCAAGAUCCAGCAAUAA